CACUUUACUUCUGUUAGAUCUUUAGAAGAUAUAGUCCAGUAUGAAGGUGUUCGUCCUUGUAGCAGCUUACCUGGCAGUAGUGGCAGCCGAGUGUCCCAACCUUACACCUGUACAGUCCUUCAAUAUCGCCAAGUACGUAGGAACCUGGUACCAGCAGGCAAGCUUCAAUACGUUCUUCAUGCAAGGUCUGAGCAGAUGUGCCAAGGCCGAAUACACCUUGGAUUCCACCACUGGCAUCGUACAUCUUAAGAAUUCUCAAAAAUCCAUAUUCGGCAGAGAAGAGGCGGUCAAUGGGACCGUGGCGUUGGCUGAUCCCACAAAGAACGAGGGCAAGCUGGAUGUCUCUCUGGAGUUGCCUUUCGGUACUGUCAAAGGACAAAUGUUGGUGUUGGCCACCGACUACGACAACUAUGCCAUCGUCUACUCUUGCAGAAUGUUCUUCGGUUUCCAAAUGAAGCACGCCUGGAUACUGACCAGGAAGCAGAACCUUGAGGGCAAUGACAAGACCAAAGUUGAGGCUCUGGUUGACGCCGCUCUCACCGACAUUUCCAGCAAAGGUGGCCCUAAGAAGACCGACUUCCGGAAAACUUGCCAGAAAAACUGUUAAAUAACUAAUUUUGUUGACAAAAUAAAAACUGACUUACA